AAGAACCGGUCGAAUCUACCUCGGAAGAUGUUCGUAAUCUUUCCUCUCCUGUGGCAGAAGUUUUGCCGGUCGCGCUUGCUGACGAGUCGGUGUAUUCACCGGAAUGCGAACAACGGUUGAUCUCCGAGGUGAGCAUGCUGACGCCGAGCGAACGACAGGAACUCCUCAGUUCUGAGACAGAUGUGAUUCUUCGUGAGAUGUACGAUUCGUACCAAAAAGGUGCGAAGCGCCAGAAGACGGGGACCACCGAACGGUCUUCUCCUGCCGAUGACAGCGGCAGCGAUUAUUCAUCAGGCAGCGAAGGAGAUGCUUCGAAAGAGAGCGAUCAUGAUCAUGACUCCGAUUACGUGGGAGAAGAAACCGAAAACUCAGAUUCAUUAUCAUUCGAGGACGAUGACGAUGAUGCUGAUUACGUUCCACAUCCACAAAGGAUGUCCAGAGCGAAAACUGCGAAAAAAGACAAGAAACGAAAAGCUCCUGAACGACAGCCGGGGCAUAAACCGGGAUCAGUGUUAUCUUCGGUCCCUCCUGAAGAUUUCGAUACCUUUAUUUGCGGCCAAAUCAAAGAAUGUAUGGACAAAUUGGAAGAACCAGACUAUAAGCCUUCUCGUGAACGGCAGCUUCCUCUAGAGGUGCAUGCCAUGUUGGGACUGGCAAACUCGUUGUGUAUGAAGAAAGAUAUCGAUGGUGCGAUAAAGCUCGCUCAAGAAGUUAUUCGAAAACAACCUCACCAUCACGGGGGCUACGAAGCAAUGUAUACAUUUUGUGAUGAAAAAGGGGACAUUGAAAAGUCCUUUCAGUACGCCCUGUUAGCUGCCAUAUUGAACCCGAGGUGUACCGCGGACAGCUGGGAAACUGUGGGCGACAAAGCCGCCAUGCUUCACCAUUACGAGCAAGCUGCUCUUUGUUACCACCGCGCAUUUCGAAUGUCUCCAGCGGAGUGGAGGUGCUAUGAGAAGCAAAUCCCCAUUCUGCAGAAGUUGGAACAACCGAGGAAACUGCUUUCGACUCUGCAGUUCGCUGUGAAGGGCAUGAAGCAUAGCAGCGACUGGUCACUGGAGAGAUAUCUCUCGUUUACUCUAGAGGUUAUUGAGUACCUGUUGAAAUAUUUGCUAAAUUCCGUUGAAAUCAACUCCGAUGUCAGUUUGUACCUGAAAAUCGCAACGGCUUAUUUUCAACAUCAUUACCUGACAGAAGCAGACGAUCUGUUGUCGACGAUGGUGCGCGAUUCAGAAGCGGCGAAUAAUUCGGCAGAAGUGUGGUAUCGCUUUGCGGAGGUAAUUAAAGAUCUUAAAAGGGACAAAGCUGCUGUCGAUGCAUUCAAAAAAGUGCUCGAAUUAGAUCCUCACUGUGCGAUUGCAACGAUCAAUCUCGCUGCCCUCCAGCAACAGCUAGGUUUUACCGAAGAGGCGAUGCAUACCCUCGAUAUGGUCGAUGAUGGCUCAACGGAAGGUCUCAAAUGCUUGGACGAAGGACUGAUGUAUCAGCGAUGCCUUAAGUUUCAAAAGGAAGAAAACUGGUCUCGCUUUACUUCUGCUGCUCAAAAGCUGCUUGCGAUGUAUUUCAAAGAAGUUCAUAAAACGAUGUCAAUUUCCACAAAGGACUACGCUCAACUGAUCUGCUUGAGCGGCUACGCCUCGCAGUGUUCGCUGUUCGUGGACGCCGGUUUAAACGAAGCCGCUGGAAGGAUAGUCAUGCUAGCGUGCAUUCACGGCAGGUUCACGAAGGUUUUGUGGGCGUACAUAAGAGAUUAUUGCGAAAACGACGACGGAAAUCGGUACUGGAAUCUACUUGCACUCAUGUUUGCAAUACACCAAGAAAUGCGAGAUCACCGUGUCGUCUUACGUUUGAUGCUUCGUCUUCCAAAUUCACACGCCCUACCGUGGAUCAGCGGCAACAACUCGUUGUUCGCCGGCACGUAUUCUCAUGCUUUGGGUGAGUUUCGCUAUCGUUUAGCCGAAUAUCUGUCGAUAUUACCACAGUUUCCUUCCAGCCCGUUGCUUAAUUUUUUGAUCGGCUUGGCUUUCAUUCACAUAGCUUCUAGAAAAAGCAUUGGAAGGCGAUACGACACCUGUCUUCAGCUCUCUGUCACCAAGUCAGUGACUCACGUUGUUAAUGAAUCAAGCACUACGCUCUUAGCCUAUCGGUUAGUUUUUUUCAGCUUCUUUAAGGGUUUCGCUUUCCUUUCCAAAUAUGAUGAACUCCGUGGUGAAUGUCAAGAAGUGUACUACAACUGGGGCCGAGCGAUGCAUCAGCUGGGAAUGUUCUACGCUGCCGCAUACAAUUACAAGAAAGUGUUGGAACUGCCUCCUUGCAUAGUGCCUAAUAACGAUAAGAAUAAUGGCAGCAGCAGUAAAUACAGCCAGUACUUAUCGAAUCCUUUCGAUCUGAGGAUUUACGCCGCCCACAACCUCGCUCUGAUUUACUACAAAAGCGGAAACGAAUUAUUGGCGCAAGAAUUACUCACGAAAUACUGUAGAAUUUAA